AUGGAGGACGACAGCGGAGGAACUCCAACAGAAUAUCGUUGGCCAGUCAAGGAUAUCAUUUAUUUGUCCGUCAUUGGGCCGUUCAUGCUGGCGGCAGUCAUUGAGUGGCUCCUAUGGCUCGCAGCGUUCCUCUAUUGUUUCGUCAAGGUCUUCCAAAAGGCCGACCACUGGAGUGUUCAGUGUCUUGCGGCGCUGAUGAGCGUCCUAUUCCUAAUCCUACGACUGGCUUUUCUUCCCGCCAUGCUGGUCACACUCCCGCUGCCAUCCCCAAUCACCGAGCACUUCCCUCACUGGACAGUGAUGGGUUUCCAGUGGUUUGCCUUCUGGUCGUUUUCAGUUCUCCUUGUCGGUCCGUGGCUCUUUUGUGUUUAUCGACUCUCCACCAACUCGCUGGGUCGCACGAAACGGAUCAAGGAAGUGCUGGAUGACCGGACGGCCCCGAAGACUGUCGUUGUGAUGCCGGUGUACAAAGAGAAACCAGAGGUGUUGAUCAAGGCGGUUGACUCGGUCGUCGAAUCCGACUAUCCCACCAACUGUAUCCACGUGUUUCUCUCCUACGAUGGGAACGCUGUGGAUGAGUCCUACUUGCAAGUGAUCACCCACCUGGGAGUUCCGCUCCUGUUCCAUAGCUACCCCCAGAGCAUCGACGUCGUGUACAAGGGAGCUCGGGUCACAAUUUCUCGGUUCAUACACGGCGGAAAACGACAUUGUCAGAAGCAGACUUUCAAACUGAUCGACAAGGUAUACGCCGAUUACCUGAAACGCAAUGAUGAUCUCUUCCUGCUGUUCAUAGAUUCGGAUUGCCUCAUCGACAAGCUCUGCCUACAAAAUUUCAUGUACGACAUGGAGCUGAAGCCGGGAAGCAAGCACAGCAUGUUGGCUAUGACUGGCAUCAUCACUUCAACCACAGAAAAGUGGAACGUGCUCACAAUCCUUCAGGAUAUGGAGUAUGUCCAUGGGCAGCUUUUUGAGCGUUCUGUCGAGUCUGGAUGCGGUGCCGUGACUUGUCUCCCUGGUGCGCUGACAAUCCUACGGUUCUCUGCGUUCCGGAAGAUGGCCAAGUAUUACUUUGCCGAUAAGGCCGAGCAGUGUGAUGACCUUUUCGAUUACGGUAAGUGUCAUUUGGGCGAGGAUCGGUGGCUCACUCACCUCUUUAUGAUCGGAGCCAAGGAGCGGUAUCAGAUCCAGAUGUGCACGUCGGCUUUCUGCAAGACCGAGGCCGUCCGGACAUUCGGCAGUCUGUUGAAACAACGGCGCCGAUGGUUUCUGGGGUUCGUCACAAACGAAGUCUGCAUGCUCACAGAUGCCCGGUUGUGGAGACGUUAUCCCAUGCUCUGCUUGGUCCGUUUCCUGCAAAACACCAUUCGAACUACCGCACUCCUUUUCUUUAUCAUGGUCAUUGCUCUGAUGACCACCGCAAAAUCGGUCAAGGAGGUUCCUAUCGGCUUCAUUGCGGUGGCCCUUGGACUGAACUACCUUCUAAUGUUCUACUUUGGCGCCCGGCUCAAACGGUUUAAGGCCUGGUUGUAUCCAUUGAUGUUCAUCUUUAACCCCUUCUUCAACUGGAUCUACAUGGUGUAUGGAAUUUGCACGGCAGGCCAGCGCACCUGGGGAGGACCCCGGGCUGAUGCCGCCGCGGCAGAUGCUUAUACUACACCUGAGGAAGCAGUCAAGCAGGCCAGGGCGCAGGGUGAUGAGCUCAACGUCAACGUAGAUACCUUCCGCACCAAUCUGGUGCGCCGGCGCUCCGUUCCUGUGCGCCCUCCAGACAAGAUCGAAGGUCGAUUUGCGCCUGCAGAGCAACUGUACGAUGGCUACUAUGCCAACAUGAACGACAGCGGGCCAUCUAUUAUAGCAAACCGCUUGGCUCCUUUGCCCAAUGUGCCUCGGAUUCACCUCUCCACGCAUGAAUCGAGCGAUUCCAUGCCCACCAUCUCGGACAACUCGAUCUCGUUGCCCUGGAAUGCGGAUACUCUCAUGAGCGAGGAGGACCAGAAGAAGUCGCUCUAUGCUCGCUAUGCUCGAUCGUCGGCCAGCAUCAUCAGUGUGGAUGAGAGUACUGGUAUUAUUCCGCCGGGGCCUGACCCUGCUGUGUUAGCUGCUGCGCUGGAACCGCCACCCCGUCGCUCUUCUAUUGAUAUUGCAGAAGUAAUGACGAUCUACCCAAGGAGUGACAUGAGCGACCCUGAUGGCGAGCAGCAAACGGAGGAAGCCCAGCCUGUGGCCAGCAAUUUUCCCCUUGAAAGUCAGGAUAAUCCUUCCCCAGACCCGGAAGGCCGGCGAGCGUCGCUGUUGAAGAAGUUGCGCAGAGGGUCCCGAAAGUCCGACGCAGGCGACAUGGUCUAA